AUGUCAAAAAGUGUGGAUAAAAUAAAAUUAGUUCCAAAGCACGAACAUCAAAAAUUAAAAGUCAUUCCUAGAAAGAAAUUAAGAACGCUUAUCUUUUUAAUUUUGGUGGCACUUGCAAUAUUAUUCAUUUAUACGUGUGUUCCACGUAAUUUUUUAAGCAUAAGUUCGUCAAAAUAUUCAGUUCUUAAUUCCAGUUCUAGCUUAAAAGAUUCAGAAUCUGAAGAGUUUAAUGACUAUUACGACAUUUUAAAUGAUGAAAAACCCAAAGGAACUACAGAAAGAAUAAAAGAGUCAGGGAAAACCAAGAAUAUUCUCUUUUGGACGAGAUUCUUUAAUAAUCCUGACUGGUAUACAGGAAAAGAUGAAGCAGGCGAGGAAGUUCUUAAAUCUGUGCAAUGUCCUGUAACAAAUUGCUUCUUCACGCAUAAUAAAGAGCUGCUUGGAGAUAUAAGAAAAUUCGAUGCUAUUGCUUUUCAUGGACCUGAAUUUAGAAGAGCUCCACUGCCCAAUAUUAGAAGUCCGGAACAAUUUUACAUCUUUGUGUCCCUUGAGUCACCAACGGCAGUGUUAGACAAUUUAUCAGCAUAUAAAAAUUUCUAUAAUCUCUCAAUGACGUAUCGACUUGACUCAGAUAUUAAAUUUGAUUACGGAAAAGUUAUUGAUAUAAAAACAAAUGAAAUUAUUGCACCGGCUGUAAAUCCGAAAUGGAAAACACCUGAUGAAAACUUUUAUGAUGAGAAAAUAAUGCAAAAGUUCAAUACCAAGAAGAAGCCUGUUGCUUGGUUCGUCUCAAAUUGCUAUACACGAUCGAAUAGGAAUAAGCUAGUUGCAGAUAUCCAGAAAUACAUUGAUGUUGAUAUUUAUGGAAAUUGUGGAAAAUUAAAGUGCCCCGUUGAUGAUCAGAAGUGCCUAGACAUGUUAACAGCUGAUUAUAAGUUUUACCUUUCAUUUGAGAAUUCACUGUGUAAAGAUUAUGUGACUGAAAAGCUUUACCGACCGCUGACUCAAUAUAUCAUUCCAAUUGUGUUUAAUGGAGGAAAUACAUCAAGAUUUGCUCCACCAAAAAGCUAUAUCAAUGCUAAUGACUAUAAUACACCUGAAGAACUAGUUAAAUAUUUAAAGUACUUAAUCGAUAAUCCCAAAGAGUAUGUAAAGUAUUUCUGGUGGAAACAGCAUUAUACAAUUAAAUCACAUCCAACAUAUCAAUACACACUGUGUGACAUGUGUAAAAAGUUUAACAGUGAAAGCUUCAUGAAAGCUCAUCAUCAAUAUGAAGACAUCAAUGAAUGGUAUAGGAACAAGGACAUGUGCAAUCAAAAUUCUCACAUAAAAUUUGACAAUCACUAG